CAUUUUAAAAGCGCGCAUGGCGGCCAGCAAGUAACACCCACUGGUGGGUGUAUUCAUGGUUUGACAUUUGACCUGUGUCGUUUGGCAGAUGACGGUCUGUUUACGUGUGCGUUGCAAAGCAAGCGAAAAACAAUCUGGAUUUGAUAAACAAAACAGUUUUUGGUCAUCAAUCAUCAAUCAAUCAUCAAAAUGUUGUCCACAAAAACGCAAACUUUAUCGAACGAAGAUCUAGAACGAUAUAAAGAAAAAAUUGUAGUUGUCGAUGGGAAGGACCCGUACACAUUCAGUUACGAUGCAAAAGUGCUUCCAUUAUCGGUAGAUUACGAUAUGGUUUUGACCUACUUAUUGAAUACGCUAUCAUUCCGCACCGGAGAGCCAGUAAGAAACCACAAAUCACUGGAAGCGUGUAAAAGUUUUGAGCGAGGUUUCGUUAAAGAGGUGAAAGGACGAAAAUACAAACAUAUUUAUGCAGUGUUUGGAAAGGUUUUACAUAGCAUGAGACUCAAUGAUCCGCCAGCAGAAUGUUGGAUUUUAAUACAAGCUGUUAAAUCAACCAGUAAAGAGCCCGGAGAAAUACAUUCAGCUCAUUGUGAUUGUACUGCAGGUGCAGGUGAAACUUGCUCACACGUAGCAGCAGUACUUUACGCUCUGUGCUACGCCAGAGAAACUUGUUUGGAUAAAAAGAUUUCCGUUACUGAACUCCCAGCCUAUUGGACUCAACCAUCUGGCAGUGCCCAAGAAAACUUAUACAAACCCGUGGAAGAUGUUAACUUUGGUCGAGAAGUACAAACCAGUUGUGAACUUCGGGAAUACAAUUUAGAAAAAUCCAACGAUGAGUUGAAGGCCCUUAUACUGGAACUCUCAAGAGCUGGCCAAGACGUUGCAGCAAGCAAAGCCUUCUUCAAACCUUCGGAGCUGAAUGCUGAGGAAGAUGAUGCACGUUUUUAUGCUGAAAAUAUCCUGAGCUUUAAAAAAAUGUUUGAUGCCGAUUUGGUUGGACGUCCGCUGGUUGAAAUCAUUGACCAUGGUAAAGAAAUUGACUGGAGCUUCACGAAUGAGGACUGCAUGCUAGUUGAAGAGCUGACUCGGGGUCAAUCCUCUGAGCCAUUAUGGUUCAAACUAAGAUACGGUCGCGUAACCGCCUCCUGCUUUGGUAAAGUGGUAAAGACCAAAAUAGAUUCUCCGUCAAUGACAUUGAUCAACUACAUUUGCGGAGAAAGUGCAAGUCAAGAGUUUCCUGCGACAUUGUACGGAAAAAGGAAUGAGCAUAAAGCUAUUGCAGCUGCUGAAGAUCUGUUUAAGCUUCAAAAACAUAAAGAUUUCCGUACAAGAAAAAGUGGAUUGAUAAUCAAUACUAAUUAUCCAUACUUUGCUGCGUCGCCUGAUUGUGUAUUUGAUUGUAGUUGUUGUGGAACGGUAGUAAUAGAAGCAAAAUGUCCAUACAAAUUUGAGCACUUCCAGAGGGAGGAUGGAAUCAGAUCCUUAAUUACAAGACAAAAUCCGUACAUACUUCGCGAUAAUGAUGGGAACCUCAAAAUGAACCAUAAGCACGAAUAUUACUUCCAAGUACAAAUGCAAAUUCAUUUAUCUAAAGCUUCAUUUGCCCUUUUUGUAGUCUGGGCCCCUAAGUUUACUUUGUUUAUAAAAGUAACAAAAAAUGAAGUUUUCUGGAAAAUCAACUCGUUAAAAGCAUCUAAAUUUUUCGAACAGGUACUUAUUCCAGAAAUAUUAACAAAUUUUUUUACGAUACCAAGUGUAGCUAAUGCAGAUGACGUAAAUGAUGGCACUAAUGAUAGGAUGUGAAAAAGAGUGUACAAUAGAACACCAUGCCACCAUGGUCCUCUACUCUAAGUAGAAUAUUUCACCACUGUUAGUUGAAACCUGUCAAAAUUUAUAGAAAUACAAAAUGUCUAAGUUAAAACAAUCGUGAGUUUUUAUUCAUUGAUUUUUUCGUUUAUAAAUCACUUAAUGAUAGAAGGACACAGGUUAACUAGAGCACAGCAGACUGUUACAGCCAUAUACAAAACAUUUACGCCGUUAUGCUCAUGAUUCAUCAUAUUAAUACUGACCGGGCCCUUAAGUAAUGUAUACUUUCCUCUCAAUGCUCCUAUGGAACGCUCCACCUCAUUUCGAACUGAGGCCAAAGCUCUUGUUCUCUCAACUGCAACUGAGCUAAGUUGCCGCUUCCUGUUUGAAGAAUCUGGGACCCUUAGCGUAGUAUUUUUAUCCUGAACAAAUUUUUGAAUGGAAAAUCCACGAUCAGCGAGAAUCAGAUCAUCACUCUGAAUUUUAUCUAGAUAACCACUAGCUUCCGUUAUUUGUUUGUCAGAUGUUCGACCAGUGUAUGGUUUUGAAAUGUACGAAAUAGUUCCGAAUGGAGUUAUGCUUAUCAGCAUUUUGGUUGUGUAGUGACUUUUGUAAUUCGAAUACAUUUUCAACGUGGCAUCUUUAGUACUAGGCUUCUCUGUAAAAAUUUCAAAACAGUCGAUAAUUGAGGUUAUACUCCUAGAAAAGACUUUUUUGAACUUCAAGGGAGUGUAGUAACCCAGAAGCUCUUUUUCGGGCCAUUUUAUUAGCCCUUGCAACUGUUUGUAUAACGAGUACAACCCCGAAUAAAAAUAUUUACAUGCAGUAGCCGUAGAAACAUUGAAAAGAUAACCGAUAGUUUUGAAACAUA